ACGACUACGACUCGCUUGAUAUCAGUAUCAGCUGGCAAACGGAGUGUUCGAUGCAUUUGUAUUCGUCAUUGGAUAUCGAGAGAAAAGUUUUUAUUCAAAAAAUAUCAAGUUUCUGAACAGGAACAACUAAACGAUGUGAUGAAACAGUUGCGAGAUUAAAAGCGCAGCGACAGUUUACGUUAGAUAAGAUCAGUAAUAAACAGUGUGAUUAUGAUAAAUAAAUAGGUUAUUGUCUAAAGACAGAUUGAUAAGUGAAUGAUGAGUAAAUGGGAAGAAUAAGCAUUAGCAGAACGUCAUUACAUUCUAUUUCAUGUAUAUGAUUCUGUAAGAGAAAUAAAAUAUAUUGGACGGAAUGUCUUGCCAAAUUAAAGGAAUAGCGAACAUACCAGACAUAGAUAACGUUAAGAAGCUGUUAUAUGGUGAUGCCAUCAGCAAAUUCGAGUAUGCAGCGAGCAAUGAAUUACCUCUCCAAGACUGUCAGGUAUCAUUGGCGUCGGUCGGAGAUGUACUUGCAAUAGCUUGGAAUACAAAAAUGAUUUUAUUUGUUUCAAGAUGGGAUUCGCAAGAAUUAGAUGAAGUAAAAAAUAAAUUCCAUAUCACAUGGCAGGGCAAAGUAACCAAGGAACCAAAUGAAUGGAUAACGUCAGUGCUUUGCUUGCCCUUAAUAUCCUUAGGGAAGGCGAGUGGUCCAGAUUGGACGUGUAUAGCUGUUGGAUAUAAUACGGGUUUUGUUAGAUUCUACACAGAAACGGGCGCAUUGCUCUUGGGGGAACAGAUUCAUAAUGAACCAGUCAUAGGAAUAAAAUGCCAGUCAUUCUGCUCACCGAGGCACGUUGGAGACGCUGGCUGUAGCGAAGAGAUUUAUGUUUUGUACAACAGUGGCGUCUGCAUAUUGCAGGGAUUUCCGUUGUUUUCAACUUUGCGCGCUUGUAGAAAUCACUUAGCCAGAGUUCAAGCCAAUUGCAAUGACUUACCGCCAGUUACGAAUCUUUCAUAUAAGAAAUGGGGGUUCAAGAAUCAAGACGUUGCAAAUGAUUCCGAGGUAGUUGGUACAACGUCGAUAAAUAAUUUCGACCACUUGAUGACAGCUUCGAUUUGCGGUGGAUAUAAUGCGGCGUACAGAUCGAGCGCGCCGCAACACAGUCUGGUCCUCGCGACGGGAAAACGGCCGUUCGUGGGAUUCCAUUAUGCGUUGGAGGGGAGUAACGCACCAGUUCUGUCGGACGUUGCCAUCGCCAUGGCUAGCAAAUUGGCCAGUGCUAUCGGCACUGCUGUUCCAUGGUUUCGCGGCAGUUCGAAGAGUACAACGCCCGAAACGUCAAAGGGUAGUAGUAACAUUCACGAAUCCGUCGAGACGAUGACCUGUCGGUUCGGCUUGAGCGAUAUCAUGAGGGAAGGCGAUUGCAUCGUCUGCAGUCCCAACAAGACGCUGUCAGUGAUAUCGGACGCCAUGGGCCGAGUGAUACUCGUGAACAACAGAAGAGGUAUAGCCGUGAGAAUGUGGAAAGGAUAUCGUGACGCUCAGUGCGGUUGGAUCGAAGUUACCGAAGAAAGGGAUCGCGGAAUUCAUAAGAGUGUCGGUAAAUCCGCGCGGAAAUCUUUAUUGCGUACUGCCCUGUUCCUGGUUAUCUACGCGCCGAAGAAAGGCGUGAUAGACAUCUGGAAUAUACAGCAAGGUCCAAAAAUUACUACUUUUACCGCUAGUAAAAACGGGCGAUUAUUGUACAUUAAUUAUGGUUACUUGGGCGCAAACGACAAUGCUAGUUUGUCCAAGAAUAAAGCGCAGUACUCGUGCGUGUUUAUGGACCCACUCGGAGGCUUAAAGGAAAUUUGCGUGCCGUUUCACUUUGCGCUGAGUAGUAAAAAUGGAAGACGAGCGCGCGACAUACAUCUGCUCAGGGAACUGAGAACGUUUUUGAGAGAGGAAGAAUUUAAUGAGGAGAAAUUGGUUUCCGAAGUUACGCGUACCUGCCUAGGAUUAAAAACCUACGAGAUCAAAGUGCAGACGAUCGAGGUUUUAAUGAACAGCAAACACAUUUUGCCGGAGGCCUUGCUUGCUGCAACAAACUGCUUUGUAGUAAAGUCAGAGGAAGCAGAGGAAGGAGAAGAAGGAGAAACGGAAAAAGGAGAAAAAGAAUUGGAACCUUACGCUAAAAUGCUUCAUCAAAUGACAAUAGAGUUGCAGCAAAUAAUCACGUUCUAUAAAUAUAUCAAAUCUCAACUUGACAUUCCACCGGAAUACGAUAUCGUGACAGCUGAUAAUGUGCCAAGCGCCAAGAAUUUAGCCUCGAUAUUAUUAACCUCGGAGCGAGAAGUACACCGUGUCAUUAAACUGGCUAAAACAUUGGACAGUUUUAAGGAGGCUGACGCUUCAGCGGAAACCAAAGUCAAGUUUAAGGAGGACGGGAGAGUGUUCUUUAACUUUUUGUCGUGCUUUGAAUUCGGCUCCUCAAGAUUGAUCGGGCUGCGAAAAGACCUGAAGGAAGAAAAGCUCUAUGAAAUUUCACGGUUAAUAUAUCAAGGAUGGAUGUAUUCGAACGAUGUGAAAGAAAAAUGGCAGCAGGCUGCUAGAGAUAGCAGCAUUCAACCAUUCAUCCUGAUGCAGCUGGCGCUAACGUAUUGGACGUAUAAAGAGGAAAUCACAUCUCUGGAGAUUGAGCUGCAACGUUUCACGCAGCUUCUGUACGUUAUAUGUCUGCUAGCUGACUUGGAGGAAAUAUGUGUCGAGUACAACGAGGCUUCUUCAUGGUGGAGGAACGUACGCACGGCUCUAUCUGACUCGACGAAGCCUUUUAACGCGCUUACCGUUGCGUUAGCGUGCAGGGCGAUUGGUGUGACUCUGGAAAAGCAUAAAGAGAAAUUGCAGUAUCAGGAACUCCUGGAGACCAACUGGAACGAAGGGGAGGAUAUUAAAAAUGGGAAUGACAUUGCCAAAGUAGAGAAAAUGGAGACGAAAUCGAGUGAGGUAACGCCGGAUGAUGAUGAAAUGUACAGUUCGAACAGCGAAUGGGAAAACGUUAGCAACGAGACCUGUCAAUUCACAUUGUUAAUUGGAAAUCUUGAGGAUGUCACUAUUUUAGAUGCUAUUAUUAGUCGGCAAGUAAUGCCGGACGAGACAACGCAAUUCUUUGCCUUGCCAUUUAUAAGAUACAAAGUUUCUCUAGCGUUAAUUCUCUCCAAAGGGAAAGGUUCUGUGUCCGAACUGGUCGCGAAAUGGCUGAGUACCACGGGCAUUGAUCCAGCGCGAUUAAUUGACACGACCGAUGUGGAAUUUGAUCAGUUGCAGUUGUCAGUUGAUUCUUUGCAAUUAGCUGAAGCGCUGGACGAAGCGACUGCCGUCCAAGUACCUCAACAGGAACGGGAAAAGCUCCUUUCGUUAUCGGUAGAAAUCGGAGACGAAGCGAAAGCUAGUACGACCGCGGAAGCGUAUAUCUUGGAUAAGAUGAUUCUACUUAAACGCCACUUUCCGUACAGUUUAACGAGUAGUGUUCUCUUGGCCAAUUUAUGCUGGGAGUUUGCAAUGUCGUGGAACAAAGACAUCACUCAAUUAGAAUCGUUGGCGGCUGCUUUGGCCGUUCUGCGACAGAUACCUAUGAAGCAUAUGAGACACGGCGUGUGCUGCUUAAUGUGGACACUUCACAUAAAGAAGAGAAUGGAGACGGCGGCGAAGCUGAUGAACAAACUCGGAAAACUGCCGAAAGAGAGAUUGUGCAUGCAGAAUAUCGGCUUGUCCGAUAUUCAAUUGACGACAUUCCUACAGCACUGCGUCACCUUCUUGGAUAUAUUUAUCGAUGCAGAGACGCUCGAACGAGGAGACAGCACGACGGUCAAGUCCGAGGAACUGUGGGACGGAUAUUCCGGCGGACCGCAGCCGUUCGCCACGCUGGCCAUUUCCCAGACGCCAGCUUGGUACGAUCUGGUCCUGCUACACGUGCAAGUGGCUAAUGUCCUGUACAUGAUGGCGUGUCUUAACGUGAAAAUGCUGAAACCGUUAAAUAACUUAUUUGAGUCCGUGGUGCAACCGUACUUCUUCCAAGAGAUAACUGACCAAGCGAUACUCACGUGGUACCAGGACGAUAAGAGAGACGAUACGCGCACGGAAUUUUUAUGCAAAGUCAUUACAGCGUCGAUGGAAUUCAUCCAUCGGGAAACCAGCGACGGCGUGACGGUCAGCUCGGCGCAGGCUGUUUCGUGGAUGGGCAGGUGUCAGACGCUCGCAUCUAUCUGGAGAAUUAACAAUGACAAAUUAAGAGUACAUCAGACCUGUCAGCUGUACAUAAACGGCUUCGAUCGCUUGGCGGAAGAGGUAUCUAUAGCGGUAACCGAUGUCGAACGCUUGGCCGCGGACUUAUUGCCUAUAGCUGGAAGAAGGAUGAUGGCGUAUCUUUCCAAGACGCCGAAUCUUCUCGAGGAGAUGUCACGAAUGAGUCCAGCGCUUACGAGAUACUUGGAACGCCUGAACGUGCCUGAAAUAGUCUGUACGAACUGUUCGAAUGCCGACACCGUCGAACUGAUCCGACGAAUAUCCGUGCAUUUACCCAAAACUCACUGUGAUCACCACAUCGUACAGCUGAUGUUGGACGCGACCUUUAUUUACCAAGCUAACAAUUAACGCUCAAUUUUUCUCCGUUUUGUCGACCGUGUCCUGUGAUGCCGCACCGCCACACGCAACAAUUCCGUCGAGUUGUCUAUAAUUUGUACAUAUUACUAUCAACGAAACGGCCAAAAUUAUUGCCUCUUAAAUAUUAAAUGGAGCGAUGAUGACGAUACGCUGUAUCGCUGUACCAUUUCUUGUGCAUCAGAGAGGGAAUUAGCAAACAUUUAGCUGCAAGGUUGUAAAUGUAAGUAAAUACAAAUUGCUACGUGUUUCUUGCUACGUUGUGAAUAACUUAAUUAAAUAUGAAUUACCGGACGAUCUUUAUACAUUAUAUUGUUUGUCAGUUCUGAGUAUCAAGGAACGAAUACACGAAUAUGUAUAUGUAUAUAUACAUGUAUAAGGUUUUUUCUUAGUGCCUAGUAUUGUAAAACAUUAAUUAUUCUUAUUCUAAAGUACACGCAUAAUUUAUUUGGCUUUUUUUCGUGCAAAUUAGAAUUCAUUGAUUUUUAAGGGAAUUCGUAUGGUGCUCGUCGAAUUUAACUAUUCUGAUGUAUUAUAUUGUAUAUCUGUAAUCAAAUAUAACAUUUCUUUCAGAA